AGAGAGGGAGAGGGAGGGAGGGGGAGAGCGAGAGAAAUAGAGACAGAGAGACGGAGAGAGAAGAGAAAGCUCCUACUGCAACCUCCGAAAAAAAUGACUCAGUAACUUUUGCGUCUUGGUGUUUCCUCCUCUGCGAUCGCUGGAGCACGCAGCCCAACCCGGGAUGUAUUCCUCCCCGCUCUGCUUGACCCAGGAUGAGUUCCACCCUUUCAUCGAGGCCUUGCUGCCUCACGUCCGCGCCUUCGCCUACACCUGGUUCAACCUGCAGGCCCGAAAGCGCAAGUACUUCAAGAAGCACGAGAAGCGGAUGACCAAGGACGAAGAGCGCGCCGUGAAGGAUGAGCUUCUGGGGGAGAAGCCCGAGGUCAAGCAGAAGUGGGCGUCCCGGCUGCUGGCCAAGCUGCGCAAGGACAUCCGGCCUGAGUUCCGUGAGGACUUUGUGCUGACCAUCACCGGCAAGAAGGCCCCCUGCUGUGUCCUCUCCAACCCCGACCAGAAGGGCAAGAUGCGGCGGAUUGACUGCCUGCGCCAGGCCGACAAGGUGUGGCGGCUUGAUCUGGUCAUGGUCAUCCUGUUCAAAGGCAUCCCCCUGGAGAGCACGGAUGGCGAGCGUUUGGUCAAGGCUGCCCAGUGCACCAACCCCAUUCUCUGCGUCCAGCCCCACCACAUCAGCGUCUCAGUCAAAGAGCUGGACCUGUACUUGGCGUACUUCAUCCGGGAACGAGAUUCAGAGCAGAGCAGCAGUCCCAGGACAGGGAUCGGGUCAGAUCAAGAGGACAGCAAGCCUAUCACAUUGGACACAACAGAUUUCCAGGAAAGCUUUGUUACAUCAGGGGUCUUCAGCGUCACGGAACUCAUCCAAGUUUCCCGAACACCGGUGGUGACGGGCACAGGCCCCAACUUCUCCCUGGGCGAGUUGCAAGGCCAUCUGGCCUAUGACCUGAACCCUGCCAGCACUGGCAUGAGAAGAACGCUGCCCAGCACAUCCUCCAGUGGGAGCAAACGACACAAAUCUGGCUCCAUGGAGGAAGAUGUGGACACAAGCCCUGGGGGAGAUUAUUACACCUCUCCCAACUCACCCACAAGUAGCAGCCGCAACUGGACAGAAGACAUGGAGGGAGGGAUCUCACCCACAGUGAAGAAGACGGAGAUAGACAAGUCACCCUUCAACAGCCCAUCGCCUCAGGAUUCCUCACCGCGGCUCUCGAGUUUCACCCAACAUCACCGCCCUGUCAUCGCUGUGCACAGCGGCAUCGCCCGGAGCCCACACCCUUCCUCCACACUGCACUUCCCUACCACCUCCAUCCUGCCCCAGACGGCCUCUACCUAUUUCCCCCACACCGCCAUCCGCUACCCACCUCAUCUCAACCCCCAGGACCCUCUUAAAGACCUCGUCUCAUUGGCCUGUGACCCGUCCAAUCAGCAGCCAGGACCGUUAAAUGGAAGUGGCCAAGUCAAAGUGCCCAGCCACUACAUUUCCACCCAGAUGCUUGCACCACCACCGCCCCCGGGCAUGCCCCGGCUGGCCAUCUCCCCCGACACCAAAUCUGCCACCACGACUUCUGAGGGAGGAACCUCGUCGCCGACUUCACCCACCUACUCUGCACCGGGCACACCCCCUGCAAACCGUUCCUUUGUGGGAUUAGGACCAAGGGAUCCAGGGAGUAUUUAUCAGGCACAGUCCUGGUAUCUGGGAUAACCGAAGCCUCCUCCGCAUCUCCCUUCUCCCGGGUCUCGGAGAUCCUGAAGGGAGGGAAAGGCAGCGCCCGGUCAAGGUUUUCGGCGGAGAGAAAAAGCGAGUGAGGAAGCAGCCCAGCUGCUGCCGCUACCACCACCCUACACAAAAGAAAAAAAAAGAAAAAAAGAAAGAAAAAAAAAAGAGGAAGAGAGAAGUUCAGACUUUCUCCAAAACCAACCAACCGACAAGCACGCAAGGCUAAUCAUCCAGUGGCCAGAGACACUGUUGCCCCAUUGACCGAUGCUGCCCUGGCCCAAGAACAGGCCCAGAUCUUCCAGCAAGUGCUUAAUCGCACCAGUCCCCGCAGGGGCCCAGGGCUCACUGCAAGCAGAAUAUGCAAAACAGCGGUGUUCUAACUUAUCCGUUCCCUUGCCACCUGUGAUGAGAGGACCUGUCUUGCCUCCCCAUCAUCUUCAUCUCCUUGGGCCCGGUCAGCCACGUCGUUGGCAUCAGGUGGGUCAAGGGAGCCUCCUGUUCACACCAAAGGCCUUUCCUGUGCCUAGGGAUGGGGGGUUCUGACAAGAGAGGCAGGUAAAUCUGGGUCUUGUUUUUUUUGUUCUCCCAGACGGUCCCAGCCUCUGGAAGGGAAGAGCUGGGCGCAGCUGGUGCAUGCGGCUCCCCCCCACCCCGCCUGCUGUCUCUUGUCCCUCGCCCCCUGUCCUUCCCCUCUUUGGCAGGUGGGGCCACCUGGGCUCAGCCAGCGUCUGGAUGGCGACCUUCCGAUGGGGCUGGUGCCCUCGGCGCCCUCAGUGCCCUGCCCCUCUGGGCUCAGAAACGCCUACCGAGGUGGCCCGUCUCCAGUGGGGCUAGGGGCAGCAGUAGGGGAAGGGGGUAGGUGCUCAGAAUGGCCCAGGUGGGGGCAGCUCGCAAAGUCCAGGGGUAGAAGGCGGAGGGAGGUGAGGCUUUGGGCACUGCAAGCCGGCGAGCACCAGCAUUGGGCGGGGUGCGACGACUGUCAGGAUCGGCUGGGCACCGGGCUUGGGAGUAUGCUCUCAGUGGGACGUUUGGGUGAUGUGAAAGGAACAGGUGUUUCUGGCAUGAGGUUCUUUGACGAUGGGAUCCAGGAACUGACCCUGGCUGGACAAGAGGCAAGCAUGCUGGCACCGAACCAAGGACAAAUCUAAAUUCUCCUCAUGAAACAAGAGACUGAUCACGGCCCCUCCAUUUUCAGCCGCUUCUAAUUUGGCCAAAGACCCCGAUCCGUGCCCACCCAUUCAUUUCUGCCCCUUACCCCCACCCCUGCCCCACCCCCAGCCUUUCCGAAUUGGUCUUUCGCCCCUGCUGGCGAACACCGUUUGAGAGAAAUAGUCUUUAUGCAGUUGCCUUAGACACAGCGAGUCCAGGUUCCGAGAGUCUCCUGCUCCAAGCCAGAGGUUCACAGUCUUUCCGAGCAGGGGCCUCUGGGCAGGUUGACUCUGGAAGGGCAGGUGGGCUGCUGAGAGGACAAAGAGUCGGAAAGAGAGAAUCCCCCAGAAAUCCCACACCUCACCUGACCCUGGGGUCAGGCUGGAGGAAAAGGACUGCAUUGCACAUGCCAUUGGAAAUGCACUUUCUAGGAAGGGGAUGAAACAAGGGGGGAAAGUUGACUAUCCGAUCCCACUCGAACUGCCUCACCCCGAUUUUCCAUCCAUCCCUGUUUCCUGUAGGAUGGUGUCAGGAGACUCUCUGGGGCUCUGCCACCCCCGCCCCUUUGCCUCACCCCCACCAUCGUAUCCACACCCCAGGGGAAGGUGAUACCCCGAUUUUCCCUCUACAAAAUAUCUUUGAGUCUGUUCUCUCCAACAUGCCUCCUUACCACUACCCCUUCCAGAUUUAGUCCUCUCUGCUCCCCGGCUCUCUCCUCCCACCCUGGCUGGGAAGCAGAACAGGAGGGGUUAAAGUGCCUGAAUUCUGGACCCCUACCCUCUCGGCUGGACGUGAGGGGAGGGAGCAGGGAAACCAGAGGGAGAAACCAGGCAUGCCCCAGCCUCCUUUGCCCUCAGUACUGAGCUGGGACCCCUUCACCAGAGAGCCAGGGGCGUUGUGAGACCUGAGCGGUUGUAGUCAUCCGAGGGCCCUGGUGUCCCAUGCCAUCCAUGGUGGCUUCUGGGGCUGAUUGCCUUCCUGCUCGGAGCCCCAUCCAGGGAGGGAUAGUUCAGCCACUGUCAUCUCUUUCCCCCAUUCAUAGCUCCCCACCUUGGUCUUGACCAUCUCCUCUGAGGGGCCCUGAGGGGGCCCCAGGAGCUCCUCCAUCUGCCAUGGGGUGGCCACUGGCUCCCGGCCGGCUUGAACGGCUCUUUGGCAUCGGAGUCAUAGGCCGCUUGCUACCUACCACCUGCCUUGUCCCGUUCUGUUGUCCCACUACUUCCAAAUUCCUUCCCUCCCAAGGCCCUUUAGGAUCAGGCUCAUUCCUGGAGGGGCUCCUCCAGGAGCAAGAUGCAUGGGAUUGCCUCUGGCCUUGGGGAUCUUCUCAAGAAGAGUGUCAACCUGGAAAAUACUUUCCUCUUCACCCCCAGCCUCAUGCCCAGAUUGACCAGAUGGGGCUCGGUGGAGGUGGGUCAGGAUUUGGACCGCUCCAGAGGUACGGGGCCCUCUUUCCAUCCAGGCACCCCCUCUCUGCUAGUGCCUUACAUCAGAGAACCAGGGCUCUGCUCCAGCCAUCGUUCAGCUGGGGUCAAAGCCGGGCAGCUGAAGGGAACCCAUUUGCACUUUGUUUUUCCAUUUGGUGUCUCCCCUCCCGCUGUGGUGUCUCCCCUGGGAGAGAGGAACCACCACCACCACCCCCGUCCUGAGGAGAGAGUUAUGGACUCAGCAUCAGCGGGAGGUGCUGCGGGCCAGUUCUGCUGCGGGCAAGGUGCUGAGAUCGAGAAAGACACAUUUCUCCCCUGCUUGGAAAAACGUGCUGUUUGCAAGACCAAAACUGGAAGGGGAGUUAUGCCUCAGCUUCUGUCCAGCCAACGCUGGGCGUAGGGCACCUGGCACACUAGUUAACACCUUCUGCCAGACCUGGGCAUCUCUUAAACAUUUCCGUUGAUCCGCACUGAUAACACUAAGCUCAGGAACCCAGACCUCAGCCUCCCCCUCCUUUCUGGCUGUUCCAGUUGGGGAAGAGUUAAGGGAAAGGCAAAGCCUUGGAUAGCUUUGGCCCUUCUGCCCAUUCCCACUAUGGCCUGGCUGGAGAAUGCAGCUUUGAGGAGGAAGAGAGCCAGAGAGAGGGAGAUGAACAGGACAGAGAUAUGUGCCACCCCACCCCCAAACUCCUUGUCCAUCAAUGCAUCUAAACACCCGCUCUUACUGAGGGGUGAAGCCUAAUAUCUCGUUCCUCCAGACAGCAAGGAACACUUCUUAAGAGGAACCAAAGGAAUUGAUUUUGAAGAGCUCCCUGGAGCAGAUUUUUAGAGCUUCGAGAUUCUGGCCUCUUUGCCCUUUCUUACAAACUCUCUUCCUUUCCCUUCCUCCACCUGAUGCAUCGGGAUUCUCUCACUCAGCUUAGCAACAGGAUUUUCCUCUCAAACAAGCACUGGGGCUUAUAAAAACCAAUUGACCCCAAAGCGAAAGACCAGAAUGCUCUUUCCCUCCCUCUUCUGCCCCCUCACCCCGUGCCCCCCACCUCCACCCCAUCACGGGUACCAUAUCUUCCCAGCUUUAGCAAUGGUGAAUUGGUCAUAAACUGCCCAAGGUGAUCUUUAUGCAAUUAACCUUGCCCCCAAAGCCUUGGUCAGGGUCCAGUGUGAACAGAAGCAAGAGCCUCUCUUUGAAGGAGAUUGGAGAGGGGAGGGGGAACUGGAGUGAAGGGGAGGGGGACUUUAUAGGUGCAGGAGAUCUGACCUCGCAGAACUGAGCUGAGAGGGUGUUGGGACAGCAAGAUGGUGGAGAGGGGAAAAAUUAAACAUACAGAUAACUGCAUGGUGCUUUAACAGGAACUCAUGUGACCAGCUACAGGCUGAUAAGUGCAUGGCAGAUUAUAACUGGCUCUACCUUUUCCCCCAACCCCUCCUCUUAAAAAAAAAAAAAGAUUAUAAAAAAGUAAAAAAAAUCCAUGUUUCCUAAUUUGCACGAAAUUUUUUACCACAUGAUGUGCCUUGCCUUCUGAGAAUAAGUAUUAACUUUAAUGAUAUCACCGCACAGAAAUAGCUGCAUGCACUGGCUCGUGUAGUUAAA